UCGAAAUGAUAGUUGUCAAAGUCGAACCUUGCCGGCUUCGACUGGACGUGUGCUUUCGAAUAAUUUCAAAGUCAAAUAACUUAGUUUUAGACAAGCCGGUUGGAUGACAGUGUUGGUUCAUAUUGAAAUGGCAAGCGAUGAAUUUUUCGUUCAGUGCUGAAAGUAUAACUUGACAAACAUACAGGUUACUGUAUAUGGAUUUCGUAAAUUACCUAGUAGUUUCGAAAGCUAUUUAAGAUAUAGUGUACUUUCGUUUAAAGACACGAGGUAGCAAUCGUUUUCGAAAUAAUCCCGGCAAUUGCUAUUUCCUAAGAAUGUCGCGGCAUUUCGCGCGGCUGCGAAAUUCGCUUGUCCCAAUUGUCAUGGGCAACAAGAGACAAUUUGCACAUCAGAUACGAUUUCAGGCGACAGAUGCUGGAAAAGGGAAAGGGCCGAUAUCGUGGAAGAGUUUGGGCGUGAUUGCUGUUGGCGGAGCUGGGCUAGGGGCGUUCAUGUAUUACUUGAAGCAGGCGAAGGAGGCAGCGAGGAUUAAAGAACGUCGGCGUAUGCUGGGGAAGGCCUCGAUUGGCGGCGAGUGGGAAUUGGUUGAUUCGAAUGGGAAAGUGAGAAAGUCAGAGGAAUUCAGAGGCAAAUGGUUGCUGAUUUACUUCGGAUUUACACAUUGUCCUGAUAUUUGCCCUGAUGAACUUGAGAAAAUGGCAACAGCUGUAGAUGGAUUAGAAAAGUCAAAAGUUCAAAUCCAACCCAUUUUUAUUACUGUUGACCCUCAACGAGAUACACCAGAGGUUGUUGGAAACUAUGUGAAGGAAUUUUCAUCAAAACUUUUAGGGUUAACAGGAUCUGUGGACCAAGUGCAAAAAGUUUGUAAAGCAUUUCGUGUGUAUUUCAGUGCUGGACCUAGAGAUAAAGAUAAUGACUACAUUGUUGAUCAUACAAUUAUUAUGUAUUUAGUCAAUCCAGAUGGUGAAUUUGUGGAUUACUAUGGUCAAAAUCGGACAGCAGAUCAGAUCGUCAGUUCAAUUCUCAUCAACAUUACCAAGUGGAACGGUGCGCGGAAUUCAUGGUUUUCAUAAAACAAAUUCAACAAGAGAAAAGCUUUUUAGUGUAAUUUAAAUUAGUAGAAUUAAUACGAAACGUAUAAUAAAAUUAACCAAAUCUUAUAUUUCUGAAA